GCAAGAAGAAUGUCCAUUUCUAACGAAACCCAGUUCCAUCCUUCUUCCUUCCUAUUGCUUGGCAUCCCAGGGCUAGAAGACGUACACAUCUGGAUUGGAUUCCCUUUUUUCUUUAUGUAUCUUGUUGCACUCCUGGGGAAUGCUACUAUCCUGUAUGUAAUCCAGACUGAACACAGUCUCCAUGAACCCAUGUACUACUUCCUGGCCAUGCUGGAUUCCAUUGACCUGGGAUUGUCUACAGCCACCAUCCCCAAAAUGCUGGGCAUCUUCUGGUUCAGCCUCAGGGAAAUAUCUUUUGAAAACUGUCUUUCCCAGAUGUUCUUUAUUCAUUUCUUCACUGCCAUGGAGAGCAUUGUGUUGGUGGCCAUGGCUUUUGACCGCUAUAUUGCCAUUUGCAACCCCCUUCGGUACACGAUGAUCCUCACCAGCAAAAUCAUCUGCCUCAUUGCAGGCAUUGCUAUCCUGAGGAGUCUGUGCAUGGUGGUUCCACUGGUGUUUCUGCUCCUGAGGCUUCCCUUCUGUGGGCACCAUAUCAUUUCUCAUACUUACUGUGAGCACAUGGGCAUUGCCCGUCUGGCCUGUUCCAGCAUCAAAGUCAACAUUAUAUUUGGUCUUGGGGAUAUGUUUAUAUUAUUAUUAGAUGUAAUUUUUAUUAUUCUUUCCUAUGUUCACAUUCUCUAUGCUGUCUUCUGCUUGCCCUCCUGGGAGGCCCGGCUCAAAGCUCUCAAUACCUGUGGCUCCCACAUUGGUGUUAUCUUAGCUUUUUUCAUGCCAGCAUUUUUCUCUUUUUUAACACAUCGUUUUGGCCACAACAUCCCACAAUAUAUCCAUAUCUUCUUAGCCAAUCUAUAUGUGGUUUUUCCACCAGCCCUCAAUCCUGUGAUCUAUGGAGUUAGGACCAAGCAGAUUCGGGAGCGAAUAUUGAGAAUUUUUUUCAUAAAAAAUGAUUAA